AGUCUUUUGAGAAAGAACUUCAGAGACUCCACAAUCCAUCCUGAUUCCACCGCAUCGCAAAAGAUCUCUGAAGACACAGGUUACAGGACCUGGAUGCCAGAGGCUCGGGCCAGAACCGGUCGCCCAUCUAUUUGCUCAGAUUCCUUGCCACGACUGACCCAAACAUGCUGACAGCUGACACUGGUUCCACUGUGACCCAGCGAGACUGGUCCCUGGGAUGGGCAUCAUACACAUCGUCCCCAAUGGAUAUCAAUUCCACAGGCAGUGCCAACCUCACCAACAACACAAACUCCUGCCAGGUCAGCGCCGACUUCCAGUAUGUCCUGUUUCCCGUGGUGUACAGCCUGGUGUUUGUCUUUGGCACCGUCUCCAACCUCUGCGUCCUCUGGUACCUCUUCAGGAAGAAGGGGGAGUUCACGCCCUCUGACAUCUUCAUGAUCAACCUGGCCGUGAUCGACCUCAUCUUCACCGUUCUGCUCCCCUUCAAAAUCGUCUACCACGCCCUGGAGAACGACUGGAUCUUCGGCGAGGUGGCGUGCAAGAUCACCGGCUCCCUCUUCUUCGCCAACAUGUACGGCAGCACUCUCUUCCUCACCUGCAUCUGCGUGGACCGCUACAUCGCCGUGGUCCACCCCAUCCGCUCGCUUUGGCUGCGCAAAACCCGCUACCGCGUGGUCACGUGCUGCCUCAUCUGGCUGCUGCUGGCCUCCAUCCUGCUUUACCUGUGCCUCGGAGGGCCGCUGACCAGCCGGUUCCCCAACGGCAACACAGCGUGCCUGGAGAACUUCAACGCCAAGUCCUGGGGCCGCCGCAUCUCCGGGAUCAGUAUUGUGGCUGCCAUCAUUGGCUUCUUCAUCCCGCUGGUGGUCAUCAUCGUCUGCUACCCCCUCAUCGCCAAGAAGCUGCUGGAGCCCACCGUCGGCAAGGAGUCGGUGCACACGGUGAAGCGAAAGGCCCUCCGCACGGUACUCCUGGUACUGGUGGUCUUCCUCAUUUGCUUCGUGCCCUACCACCUCAUCCAGUUGGUGCACACCCUGAGGCGGAUUCGGGUGCUGUCCAGCUGCCGCCUCAUCCAGUUCACCUACUCGGCCCGGCGGGUUACCAUGGCGCUGACCAGCCUCAACAGCUGCCUGGACCCCGUGGUCUACUCAUUCACCAGCAACACCUUCCAGUGGAGGCGCUUGUGUUGCCGGGGCGACGGGCCUACAAUCAGCUUUCGAACAAAGGCGACGUCGGAGACAAAAUCGUCACGUCAAGCUGCUCUCUGAGGGCCCAGGCCUUCCUUCACCUUGCCUUUGCCUGAACUGUCGCCUCUGAAAUGGUGAGGGUGGGGCGCUUGGUGAAGGAAGGGGCGCACUGGGCAAAGUGUCAGCCAACAUUGGCAACUCCAUCGAAGACAGACAGACAGACACACACACACGUAUAUACAGAGACACUCACACUCACAAACACACACACACUCAGAC